CAUUGAGGAAAAUGGAAGACCCACCUUCACUGCUAAAAUCACAUAAAGAAAACACAGAGAGAAAAAAGUGGAGAGAAUUUCAAGAGAAACAGAGAGUGUUGCGUACGUGACUGCUUUUGAUUUGAUUUGCCAAAAUAAACCAAAAUCAGAGAGAGACUUCGUAUCCAAGCAAUUUCCAACUGAAAAGGAAAAAGAAAAAAAGAAAAGAAAAGAAAAGUUUCAGCUUUACCAGAAAGAUAGAAGAAGAAGAGUAAAAUCGAUUCCAUUUACAAUUCUGAAACAUACCCAGUUAUCAAAAUUGGAUUUUUUUGUGUGGGUGAAUCUCAAUAGAUAGAUCAGAAGAAGAGGGUGGGUGAUGUCGUGUUCAUCGUCAUCAGGUUCUGAAGAAGACGAUGAGGGGUUCGAUUCCUAUCGGAAAGGAGGCUACCACGCCGUCAGGGUCGGCGAUCAGUUCGCCGGCGGAAGGUAUAUAGCUCAGAGGAAGCUUGGUUGGGGUCAAUUCUCCACCGUUUGGCUUGCUUAUGAUACUACCACCUCUUCAUAUGUUGCUCUCAAGAUCCAGAAAAGUGCGGCCCAGUUUAAUCAGGCUGCCCUUCAUGAGAUCAAUGUUCUUUCAUCCAUUACUGAUGGUGACCCAUUAAAUUCGAAGUGUGUUGUCCACUUGAUCGACCACUUUAAGCACACAGGUCCAAAUGGGCAGCACCUUUGCAUGGUCCUUGAGUUCCUUGGUGAUAGCUUGCUUCGUUUGACAAAAUACAAUCAUUACAGAGGUCUUCCAUUGAAUAAAGUUAGAGAGAUUUGCAAAUACAUUUUAAUUGGUUUGGAUUACUUGCAUAGUGAACUUGGUAUAAUCCACGCUGACCUAAAACCUGAAAACAUUCUCCUAUUUUCAACCAUUGAUCUUGCCAAAGACCCUUUUAGAUCUGGACUCUCCCCAAUUCUAGAGAAGCCUGAGGGAAACGCAAAUGGUGGACUUACAAAUCUUAUUGAGAAAAGGUUGAAAAGAAGAGCAAGGAGGGCAGUAGCUAAAAUAUCUGGAAGAACAGCUUCAAUAGGAAGAACAGAAGAAGCUGCAAGGUCUGGUAGAGAUAUUGAUGGGAUUGAUGUGCGAUGCAAGAUAGUCGAUUUUGGAAAUGCAUGCUGGGCUGGUAAGCAGUUUGCAGAAGAAAUUCAGACUAGGCAAUACAGAGCUCCUGAAGUUGUAUUGCAGGCUGGCUAUUCUUUCUCAGUCGAUAUGUGGUCUUUUGCUUGCAUUGCUUUUGAGCUUGCCACCGGAGAUAUGUUAUUUACGCCCAAGGAGGGGCCAGGAUUCUGUGAGGAUGAGGAUCACCUUGCCCUAAUGAUGGAACUCCUUGGCAAGAUACCCCGGAAGAUUGCAAUUUCUGGAGUUCAAUCCAAGGAUUUCUUUGACAGGCACGGGGAUCUCAAAAGGAUUCGAAGGCUAAAAUUCGUUCCACUUGACAAAUUGCUAAUUGACAGAUACAAAUUUUCAGUAAAUGAUGCUUGUGAGUUUUCAGAAUUUCUUUUACCACUUCUUAAUUUUGCAACGGAAAAGCGACCAACUGCGCAACAGUGCCUGCAACACCCAUGGCUGGAUUGCAAUGAUUCAACUCCAAAUGAAAGUACAGUAGAAAAGGUGGGUGUUGGCAUGAGCAACCUUAAAAUCAAGGUGGGAAACUGAAGGGCGAAAUGUGUUUUGAUUUAGUCAAUGUCACAUGUUAUUAAUUGUGAUUUCUUUUUGCUUUGUUCAAUUUUAAUAAGAUUUUUUUUGCUUAUUGUAUUAUUAACUACAGAAAUGUACAUUAGUAAAGAAUUUUGUUCAUCCUGUGAUAUCUUACCACAGAAUUUGCAGUGUAUAUUAUUCACAUGUUGUGAAUCAUUCAAAGCUUAGUCUAAUUUUCUCGUUUUCCA